CCCUUUCAUACAUUUCAAUGCAAUUCCCUUCUCUAAGCUCUUCCCCAAGCUUUUCUCUUCAAGGCCCUUGAUUUCAAUUGCCUUAGUCUCUAUUGGGAUCAAUGGCCCUCAUUCAACUUCUUCUGCUGGGUUUCUUCUCAAUAGCCAGAUUUGAAUUUGCAUAUGCCUGGACCAGCGCCCAUGCUACAUUUUAUGGAGGCAGUGAUGCAUCUGGCACAAUGGGUGGGGCGUGUGGUUAUGGGAACCUAUACAGCGAAGGAUAUGGCACCCACACAGCUGCUCUGAGCACUGCUCUGUUCAACAAUGGCCUCAGCUGUGGAGCGUGCUAUGCAAUCAGAUGCAAUGAUGAUCCACAGUGGUGCCUUCCCAACACAAUAGUUGUCACUGCUACAAAUUUCUGUCCACCCAACAAUGCACUACCUAACAAUGCAGGGGGAUGGUGCAAUCCUCCACUCGAACAUUUCGAUUUGUCAGAGCCUGUGUUUGAGCACAUUGCUAAAUACAGGGCCGGGAUUGUCCCAGUUAUGUACCAAAGAGUGCCCUGCCAUAGAAGGGGUGGAAUUCGAUUCACCAUUAAUGGUCACUCCUAUUUCAAUUUGGUGCUGAUCACUAAUGUUGGGGGAGCAGGGGAUGUUCACGCAGUGGCCAUCAAGGGGUCUAGAACAGGGUGGCAGCCAAUGUCAAGGAAUUGGGGCCAAAAUUGGCAGAGCAACAGCUAUUUGAACGGACAGAGCUUGUCUUUUCAAGUCACCACCAGCGAUGGGAAGACAGUUACCUCCUACAAUGUGGUGCCCAGUGGCUGGCAAUUUGGCCAGACUUUUAGCGGUCAUCAGAUUUACUAACCAGCUUAGGAGCAUCAUACUAUAUCUAAUCUUUAUUUAUGCAUGUAGCAACGUGGGCAGCGAGAUCGGCUUAGUUUUCUGGGCUCUGUCCAUUCAUUCAUGCCCGCAGCUCAAUCAUUGUAAUUAAUGAUUAUCUUGUGCUGUGACCAAUUGAUGGCAAGAGGGAAUAAUAUAUAUAUAUAUAUGGUUAUUAUAUAUAUGAUUUGUAGUGUAUUGGGCUAAAGCCCCUGGCAGAGAUGUAAUAAAUGUUUUGUAUGAGUAAAUGAAUUUUAAUGACAUCUAUGAGAUCA